AUGGAGAAGGAAUUGAAGAAAGCGGCGUAUUUAAUGCUGAUAUUUGGACAUAAAAAACGAAGCUCACAUUCCAGCUUCGAAAGCAUCACACAUCCAGACAUUCUGGAAACCAUGUCAACUAUGCUAGGGGAUCUGCUGGUAGCGCAAGACAUCUAUUUAUGUGAAACGACAUCGGAUCAGGUGCAAGUAGAAUCUACGAUUCGGACAAUUUACGAAGAGUUGCUUCAAUGUGGUCAGGUUACCAAUACACCUCUUAACGUUGACACACAUUUGCGUUUCUUGGAAAGAUCCCUUUCCGAACCUUUGCCUGAGUUUUUCUAUAUGUUAGACUCAAGCCAAGCAUGGAUAGUGUAUUGGCUACUAAAUGCGCAUGUUGUUUUGAGUGGAAACCCCAUCAGUGCUGAGCUUAGGGAAAGAGCAUCGAAGAAAAUCAACUCGCUCAUCCUUGAAGAUGGCUUGGGUGGAAUUGCUGGCGGAUCCAAAGGUCAAAUAGGGCAUGUGGCACUGACUUAUGCUGCACUUUUAGUGCUCACCCUCAUCGAAGACUAUGAGACGUUGCAUCGGAUUAGAGAUAAUUUGGGCCAAUGGUUUGCGCUGCUCAAACACUCGGAUGGAUCUUUUGCCAUGCAUGCCAAUGGCGAACGAGAUACGAGGUCGACCUACUGUGUCUUGGUUGCAGUGUCAUUACUUCGUAUAAAUGUGCAAGGUCUAUUGUCUGGUACGUUAAACUGGAUACUUUCUUGCCAAACUUUUGAAGGUGGAUUUUCUGGCGUACCGGAUGCUGAAGCGCACGGUGGUUACACAUUCUGUGCUGUGGCCAGUUUGUUUCUACUUCCAGGGGGGGCAGAACUAUUAGAUCUUCCAAACUUGCUCCGGUGGUUGUCCGGGAGACAGUUUCAGUUGGAAGGAGGCUUUUCUGGGCGCACAAAUAAGUUGGUUGAUUCCUGUUACAGUUUCUGGAUAGGUGCGGUAUUUGCAUUGGUCGAGUGCAUCACAAAAGAAAAGACUUUAUUCAACCGUCAGGCUCUUCGGUGUUAUAUUCAUAAUUGUUGCCAGGAUGAAAGAGGUGGGUUAAAGGAUAAACCUGGGAAGCACCCGGAUUUUUACCAUACAAACUACUCCAUCUGUGGACUUAGCAUUGCUGAACAUUGCUACACGGCGCAAAAGCUAGAUGGUUUUUCCUUCAAGAGCGAAGAAGUUGAUGACGCAUGUUACACGCUUCCAGUGAAUCCUGUUUUUGGUUUACCAUUGGGAUACGCUGAACGUUGUAGGAUGAAUAUGGAUCAAUUAGUAUCUCAUUGA